UUUUAUCACACUUCACGCUUACACGACGUGAACGAUCUUCUAGACUUUUACUCCAAAGCGAGAAGAAAGCGCUUUGGCCCCGUUAUGGGCAAUCUUCUGUCAAUAUCAGACUCAGGCAUGCUCACUAUCGACGCCCUCCCACCAAAGCCUCAGAAUCCACCACCUCCUCAUCCAGACCCAGUAGUCAAACUACUCACUCCAACUAUUUCUGGCGGCCUUGAGUCAUUCCAAGCUUUCCCUAAAUUGCCCAUCGAAUUACAGGCAAAAGUAUGGAGACACGCACUUGAACCUUGUUCCGUGACGCAUCGCGUACUUCGAAUCAUCUACAACACCACCACUAAUGCAUAUACAUAUGCUUUCAACAUACCGCCUUUAAUGACGAUAUGCCAAGUCUCACGAAGAGUAGCACAACUCUCAUACCCAUCGUUGAUCCCAAAGUUACAACAUCCUGUUUAUUUCAACCCUGCCGUGGACUUCCUCUACUGUACCUCGACACACGAUUGGUCAAGCAUCCGGAGUCAAGAUGAAGUUUUCGCCACCCUCUCGAUCCUCAAUUCUUCUGUGAUCCUAGAACACAUUCGGUUUCUUGCUGUCGAUUACUCGUACUGGUCUCAUCAAUCUUCUAUAAAUAGCCGUUAUGUACCACCAGACACCAAUGCGAUUUGCCAAUUGCCCGAACUCGGGUUAUUCGCGAGCCUCGAAGAAUUAUUCCUUGUCGUCCCAUCUCUCGAAGAACACCUUAUUUGCCAGAGUAAGGGAUUUACACUCGUCACAGAUCCUUACAAAAGAGCCCAACUACUGGAAGCACGAUCCAAAGCCUCGACAGCAUAUGACGCCGCGCUUCCUCCUUCCAUCAUGCCGGGAUAUCGUGUAUAUGCAGGACCGGAGGUUGAUUUCUUGAGGAGGUGGGAGUUGGAAAGAUGUUUUGGACUGGCAAAUCUGCCGUACUUUGGAAACAGUGGAGUCGGUUGGAAGAGCGAUACAUAUAAGGAGAAGGACUCGCUCGGGAAUCCCAGAAGGGUAUUGAAAUGUACGGAAAUCAGACCCUACUCGAAGUGA